ACAAAAGAAGCAUGAAUAAAUUAAGAUAAAUUUUGGCACACAUACGUAUUGGAUUUCAUCGACCAGUUUUUUCUUGUUUCAUUAAUAAAAAUCUAUGAAAGUGGCUGUGUAAUCAGAAAUCAGAAAACUAAGCUCUGAUUUAUGACAUUAUUAUGGAUAAGACAAUGCAAACGGACAUAUUUAAAGACUUUGCACAACGCUUGAGAAAAUUCACGCUACAAGAUGUCUAUAUCAUCGUUAUUGACGAGGAUGUAACAGAACAAUUAAAAAAAUAUAUGCGGUUACUUUGUGACAUCAAACUUGAAGCAGAUUGCUACAAUGCUUAUUAUGGAGCAAUGAAGAAAAUACUAGCCAGUUUCAUAAGUUAUUACUCAUAUGCAAUAGAUCGGGUAAUUGUUGGAACUGAUAAAUAUAUGAACGUCGUCAAUAGAGACGAAUUAUUUUCUUUAGUUGAGAAAACGAUUGGUAUCCAUGUUGAUCAGCAAAUCAGCUUUGGCAAGGAUUAUCUUCCCGUCCAGUCUGCCACAGAAAGACAAAACUACGAUGAAAUACAAACGAUGUACGAUGACUUCAUGCAGAAAUUUUGCGAGUUAAGGCAAAGAGUAGAAAAAUUGGAUAAACAGGAUAAAGUAGACGAUUUUGCUCAAGAACAUUUCAAAUUCGCACUUGAAAAGACCAGUGAAAUUUUUAAAUUCGCUCAUAUUUACAUUGCCCUGAUGUUAACGGAUAGACUGAAAGAAAUCCGCAUAAGUUUGGAAGAGAUUCUUCUUCGCCUUAAUAACAAUCUCCGUCAAAUACAAGAAGAAUGUGAACAGACUACGAACACUCUCAUGCAUAACCUUUAUGAUCAAAAUAAAGAACUUAUGGCUGUAUCCAGGCAGUACCGGAAUGAUUCUGUGGAGAUCGCUGAAAUACACCGAAGUAUUGAAAAAACACGAGAACAACUGGAUGCAUAUAAAUACGAAGCCUCACAAUCUAGGGUAGAAGAAGAAGUAGAGUUUUGGAGAAACAGACUUCACGAGUUCAAUGAAGUUGCUGAGCCACUGACCAAACUUAAGACUGAGCAUGAGAAUUUGGAAAAGCAAAGGGCAUUAUACGCUUCUAGGACGUGUACUGAGCUUCCAGGCUCCAAAGCAGAUUGUUGGAUACAAAUGGGCAAAAAUUUGGAUGAGAGGAGUGAGCUCCUAAGAGAGAAAAUUAUAGAAGUAGGAAAAGCCCUGAUUACAUUCUUUGCCGUUAGAGGUUCAGAUCGAGUGUAUUAUGAAAGCGACCUUGGCAUGUAUAUCGUGGACGAAUUUGACCAUCAAGUCUACGUAAAGGACUUUGAUUUAGAAAACUACCACGUCAGCUGCAAGGGUGAAUUUUCACAGGCUAAAGAUACGCAAAAAUAUUUUUUCGAUGAGUUCGGUCGCUACAUCAAAGACGAGAAUGGUGAGAAAACUUACCAAAUUGGCGUCUGCACUAGCCAGUACAAAUUAGAUGAGGAUGAAGUCUUUAGGAAGAUCACCAAGGAUUGUGGCCAUUCUGAAGCUGUUAAUAGGAAGUGUAAGAUGAGGAUUAAAGAUCCGAACGAUGUGGAGGUGUUGCCUGAUUUUGAACCAGCUGAUAUAAAAAAUAGUCUUGACCCUGAAGUUGUAAAAUACUUGUGGGACAGUUUCGGUCAUAUUUUACCGAACGCCUUGCGCGAUGUGUCUCGCUAUCACAGCAAAAACCCCAUACAUCAUCUUGCACAUAAAUUGCUCCACUAUAAACACGAGAAAACACGCGCAGAGCUCGAUAAAAGCAAAAAAGAAGCAAAUGAUUUCCGCCUCAAUAUUUAUAAGGAGCGCCAAGAUAAAGCAGCAGCUGAAUCCAAGGCCUGGAAAGAGAAGCAAGUGAAGCGUCGCAAGCCAGAGGAAUCAGACGACAUGGUGGAGCGAGCCGUCUACGACGCGAAGAUGGCAGAACAAGAUUUUAUCACGUCGCUCAAUUAUUUCUAUAGUUAA